AUGAUCCAGCAAAUCCAACUGAAAUUUUUAGUGAUGGCUGAGCAGCCUACAAUCAACUGCCAGCAAUUGGAUAUCUGCAUUCAAUUGUCUACCAUAAUAGAGACUUUGGCACGGGAAGGUUCACAACCAAUAAUAUCGAGAAUUUAUGAAGCAGAAUGAAGAGGCUCAGAGCUUAUAAAAAAACGGAUUCCACCCAAGAAAUGAUAA